CGUCGGUGCUCGUUCCAGCGCGCUAUCAGCGUCCCGAGUGAUUCGUGAUCAAUUAAGGUACGAAAAUUGAUCGUGCGGCGAAAAAGUUUUCAAGUGAAAGUGCUUUCGUAUCGUCGCGGUGCUGCUGCAUUCCGUGCGUUUAAUUCCAAGUGCAUUCGUGAUUAAUUAAGAUCGGAGAAAAGUGAUCUAGCACGGUCGAAGGAUCCUGAAGGAUACCUACGGUGAUACGUGACUUCCGAUAGAAAAAUGAAUUCGUGAUUUACUAAUCUAGUCGCAUUGACUUUAAGAUUACCUGGCAGAGAAGUAGCCCAAAGUGUGGACAAGUUUUUGUUUUGUUGGUUACCAUUUGCGGAUCUACGAACAAACUCGCUGUGAAUCCAAUAUUAUGAUAAUAUUAUCUUGCUCCGAUAAGGCUCGCAAUACGCGACAGUUCUGAUACGAAUCGCUCGAUCUGGCCGAACAAAGAUUUUCGAUAAAUGUUUGAUUACGUUUGAACAGAGGGAGCAACGUGUUUUUUUUUUUCUCGACGAGUUAAUUUCGCGAAUCGUUUGGGAUCGAAACGAAAUAGGAAAGGGCAAAACGAAGUGGAGCGUAUUAGAUUUGUCGAACAUUUGUUAUCGUUAUCCGUGCAGAGCUGUUGUCGAGUAAUGUUCGCGGUUGAACGACAUCGAAUCGACGAUCGUCUGGAAACGACACACGAUGUGGCGAGUUCGAAAAUAAGAAAAAUUUCGGUUUCAAAGUGCAACGUGCCAACGUCGUGUUUUGUAGUUCGCGUAUCGCUAAAACGGCAUCGGUGAUACUACGUCGUGCAUGAAACACAAUCGAUUUUACGAAGUUCUUGUUAUGGAUAUCUGCAUGUCUGUUGAACGGGAAUACUUCCUCAAGUGGAAUUACGUGGAUGGCAUCGAGGGAAGCAUUGUCGAACCUUUGCAGGAGGUGAAGGGAGGAUGAAGAAUGCCCCGCGUCGGUGGAGACGGGGGUGGCGGGCCGGAAAAGGCAGGAGGGAGUGGAUUCGGAGGAUGGCUCGGGGGUGCAGCGAGAGCCAUGACUGGGGCAACUGUUGGUGGAGGUUACGUCGUGCUGGGUGGCACCAGAUACGGUCUCCGACUUUCUCAGGAAAGUCUGCCGCCAUCAAAUUCAAGGGAGGAAUCCCAAGAGAGAAGACGCAAGAGGAACUCCCGGGAGAACGACUCGAGAGAAAGGCUGACGGAGAAGUCUCCGGAGAAUCCUGUCCUGGACUUAAGCUCGAGCAUCGCCGAUUGUUGUUGCAUCGGACCGCGUUCCCGUCUGCCGUUGCCGAGGUUCCCGCCGUCGACAGCGACGGCAGCGUCGACGACGUGUGGAGCAGGCGGAGGAGGAGGUGUAGGUGGAGCUGGAGGUGGCGGUGGCGGAGUAGGUGGACAGACUCCUUUUCCUGGGCCUCCCACGUCUUCGAACAGCCGUGCUGCCGGCAUGGAACAGCCGGCGACGCUGACGACGCCAACGACGUCGGCGCAACCGUUGGUGAACUCUAAUAAUAACCGAGGGAUGCUGCAAACAUCGGUGGGGAACAGCACUGGCCAGCACCAUCAACCACAAUCAUCCGCAACUCUAACGGCGGCGGUACCGUCGUCCUCUUCGCCAUCCUCCUCGACGUCGUUCAGCACGUCCACUGCCGUCCCGACGCUGCAGUCCGUCUCGGUGCCGCGGCAGCUCGCACAGUGGACCAAGCAUCAGACGCUGAAGCUGCAGGAACCAGCAGUGAUAGCGGUGGACCGACUGCACAGGUUCCGGUGGAGCGGGGGCGGAGGAGGGAGUGGCAAAAAGUCCUCUUCCGGCCCCCGGAGCGAAAAGGCCGAGCGCCUUCGAGAGCUCACCGAAAAACUCAAGGGACCAGCACCGGUACCACCCCCUAGAAGACCUUCGCGCGUCCAAGCAUCCUCUCCACCCCCAACUGGAUAUCAGCCAUCCCCACAGAACUAUCCACAGGCAAUCAACCCAGGAUGCGGUCGUUGCGACGGUCGUCCUUCCUGUCGAAGCUACGCACACAGCGAGGGCCACAGUCCGAAUAACCAGCAUCCCCAGCAACAUCACCUGAAGACGAUCGGUCGAAGUGAGAGUGUCGGUGACGAGUGUUACAGUGAGUCGAGCAAAGACGCGUGCAGGAAGCCCUGUUCCGAUUCACGGAAAUCCUCGCGAUCGGGCAGGCAGCAUGACAGGAGCAGUGGUGACGUAAGUGACAUAAGAAACGAGCUAAACGCUAGUGCUGACGCGCCUAAACACCUGAGACAGUACAGUGAUUCGGUGGUGGAUAGUGCUACGUGUGUGGACGAUUUGUGCGACAACCUGAACGCCGCCUCCGGGGGCGGUAACGAGGGCGAGGCAAGAGACGCGGUUACCAGGUUGGAACCCAGAGGACCCCUUCUUACGUUUCACAGACCCGGUGCACCCUUCAGGAGCGCUUCCUUCGGUCAAGUGGACUUCAACCAAGCCAAUCGUCAGAAGGUUCAACCGAUAGCCACGUCGAAUCGCACCGAGAGCAAAGAUGUCCGUGCCAGUACGUUGCCACGAAGACGAGGGGAUGUCAGUCCGGUCGUUUCGACGCCGCAGAAUAGCCCCAGUCGUCAAAGUCCACGAACAUCGACGCCCAGCGUCGACAGCGCCGUCGGUUCCGCGGAAGGACUGGGCGUUCCUCAGACCGGAAACCUCGAAGAGAUUCGACCGAGAAGCGAUGGUUCCGACAGUCUGGCAACGUCCAGUGCCCUCACGAGCCCAGAACCACCGGUUCCUGAGAUCAACGAACCAAGAGUGGACUUGGUGCAGCCUGACGCACUUCCGAUUGAGAUCCUUGCAUCCGAACCUGUCUAUCCUCUCGUCGAGAACGCGGCAAUCGAAGAAACCGUACAGAAAGAAAAUAGGAUAGAGCCGCACGAGGUGAUAAUAACACCCCCACCGGAAGAACCACGGCUCAGCCAGGCGAGCGAGGGCAGCGAAGCAACUAGCGAGGCACCUUCGGAGGCAUCCUCGCCAUCGGGUAAAACGAGAAGGUAUCGAGGGGACACCAGCAAAAGGAGAAAGGGCGUGUACAUAACCCAAUGGCCAGAACCCUUAGAGACGGACAGGAACAAGUUGUCAGCUCAGAGCAGCGAGGAAAGAGACGAACCACCUGCGACGCCCAGCGACCUCUCCGACUGCGAAGGCCACACGCCUAGAAGAUACAGUAAAAGACCUCUGCGCGGCCCUUACGGGCAAAUGCUCGAGGCUGAAAUGGCGAAGCCGCGAACCACCGACAUCGCUCUCGAGGAAGGUCUUCGUCCGCGGAGAAAAGUUUCCGCGAAUCUCUCGUACAACACAAGUUCAAAUAACAGCAGUUCCGAACCGCCCACACCCUGCCACCAUAGAACCACUUCCAGUCCAAGCAAACUCGAAGGUCUUCCGGGACCAAGUCCCGAACUCCUCGCGGAACUACUUCGAGGAUCUUCGGAGAGGGUGGCGCGUGCACCGGUGCAUCGGAACGACACCAGAACACACGUUGUUGUGGAACUUUAUGACACGGAGCGAUCGUACGUGGAGGCACUGCAAAUACUAGUCAAUAAAUACUUACAACCAUUGAAGAGUUCCGAAAAUUCUGGUUUGGUGGAUGCAGUGACAGUGGAUGAGAUCUUUUAUCAGAUUCCCUCUAUUCUCAAUCAUCACGAAGUAUUUCUGGAGGAACUGCGCAAAAGACUGGAUACUUGGGAACUUAAGCAGACGAUAGGCGAUGUCUUCCUCGAUGUGUUCACGAAGCCGGUCGUCCUGGAGACGUACACACUUUUCCUUGAUAAUUGGAAGUCCGCGAGAAAGGCGAUAAAAACGACUUGUCAAGCGAAACCGGCUUUCGCGCGAUUCCUCGAGACCAUGGAACGGGAGCACAAAGGAAAACUCGGGCUGGAUCAGUUACUGAUUAAACCGGUGCAGAAGAUACCGCGUUACGAGCUGCUGAUCCAGAGACUGUUGAAGCACACGGACGCGUCGCAUCCGGACUACGAGCUGCUGCAAGCCGCCCAGAAGGAAGUGCACGAAUUGGUUGUGAAGAUCAAUUGCACGGAAAGGGAGUCCCUGGAGUGGGAGCAGCAGCAAACUACGUUGAGGGAGGUUCAGGCUCUCGUUGAAGGACUCGCUGGUAUCGUGACGAACGACAGAGCUUUCGUCCGCCACGAUCUGGUCACCAUAGCCUCGAAUCAAGGAACAAGAAAGGAGCGUGCGCUAUUUUUGUUCUCCGAUCUGCUUGUUAUCACCAGUAUCAAGAGGAGAAGCGGAACCAUUAGAAAACCGUCGACAAGUUCCUGCCCGAACAGUUUGGUCGGCCUACUGGAAGCAAAUAAGUACAAAAUGUUAAUGAGAAUACCACUGGACGACCUAGAAGUUAUGAAAGCCAAAGAUGAAAACUUAAGGCGAAUGGCUCGCGAGGUAGACCACCUUCGAGAAGACUGUGCAACGUUGACACAACUUCAGGAACUCGCAUCAACGUUGCACGGCGCGAAGCAACAGUUAGAAGAACUUAUCAAAGACAUGCUGGGGCAAGCACAACGUCAAUUAGCCGAGAGAAACGCGGCACACUCGCAAUUGGCCUGUCUGGAAUUAACGCUUAAUACUCAGGCUGGGAUCGAGAAUAUCUCUGUCAUGUUCACGAAGCCAGACAAAAGGGCUAGCUGGGAGGAGAGUUUCAACGAAGCCAAGCAAAAGUUAGCGUUAUCCGCUGAUAGGAGGCCCUGCCCAGAGUUUGUGGGUCCUCUGCCGAUUCGAAAGACUCGGGCUGGCUUGCAGUUCACCUGCGCCGCCCCCACAUUGGCGAACGGACAGGGUUCCAGGGACGUUUGGGUAUGCAACAGCGACGGCUACGUUGGCCAGGUCUGUGUGCUGAGCCUGACCCCCGAACCACCGCAAGUCACCUCCUGCAACGGCGUUUGCAACGCCAGGAUUCUGUGCGUCGCAGGAAUUCCGGCGUGCACGCUCAGAUCAAAUUCGUGCGUGACUAACAACAUUUCAUUCGCGAACAGUAAGAGCGGCAUAAGCAUCUCGGUCCAGGAUGUCGAUGCCAGUGGCGGGAACAUACAGUUAGAUAGUAGCUCGAGCUCCGAUGACUCGGACUCGGACGACAUUCCAUGUGCAGAUACGGGUAGCCAAACAUUGAGCGGCGAUGUUCCGAGUAUCGAUAAUUCUACAACGGAGGAGGACAUCAAUCAACCGACCAUGUGGCUCGGGACCGAAGAUGGAUGUGUCCACGUCUACAACUGCAACGAUAAUAUCAGGACGAAAAAGAACAAAGUGAAGAUACAGCACAACAGCAGCGUGUAUUGCAUCAUAUACUUGGAUAACAAGGUGUUCGUGUCGCUCGCUAACGGAGACAUCACUGUUUACAGUCGAGAUCACUUGGGUGGUUGGAACACUCUCGAUCCAACAACGGUAUCGGUAGGCACAGUGGCGUCCCCUAUCACGAAAAUGCUUCCAGUCUCCGGGAAACUUUGGUGCGGUUGUCACAAUACUGUGAAAGCUCUGAAUACUCAUACGUUGGAUAUCGAGCAUACGUUCACCGUAAGCAAUGACACGUCUUUGUCGAUUUCCUGCAUGGCGAGUUCCGGGGGGCUCGGAGUUUGGAUCUCCUUGCACAACAGCGCCGUGCUGCGACUGUUCCAUUCCGGAAGUUACGAGUGCUUGACGGACAUCAAUAUAGCGCCAGCUGUAACCAAAAUGCUCACCACAGGUUGCGAUGACAUAAUACGACAGCACAAGGCCGCCUGUCUCAGGGUCACCGCACUUUUGGCUUGCAACGAGUUGCUUUGGAUCGGUACGAGUGCCGGUGUACUAUUGACCGUGCCAAUUCCCCAUAUAAAGCCAUCCACUCAGAGGAUGUCUCAACCGCCGAUCGUGACUGGUAUUCCCCAUGGACAUACGGGGCACGUACGUUUUCUGACGUGCGUGGAAACGUUGACGCCUCCGAAACCGGAUCCACGUCCGAAGGUGAACAGAUAUUCUCUGAAAUCCAGCAAAAACCAACAGAAUAACAUCAAUCGCGGGAAGCUUCUCGUGAUAUCGGGCGGAGACGGCUACGAGGAUUUCAGAGGACCUCAGGCAUCCGCCGAGCUGCAGGCUGGUCGUGAGGAUUCGACCAAUCAUCUGCUACUGUGGAAAGUGUGAUGUGAUCUAGUACGACCCUCGGUAAGGGUCGCAGUUCACGAACGUCGGCAUGACACGCCGUGGGAAUCGUUGUUACGUGCGCAAGCCACACGUGGUCGGGUCCGCCAUCGUCCGAUCGUGGCUGUUCAGGACGUAUUCGCCCAACGAUUUUUCAGGGAACGCGGGAAGGUUCUCUGGCUCGUUUUGGCCGAGUGGAUCAAGAGCAGAAUAAGGGAGGUUCGUUAUUUUCAAGGUGCCAAGAAACGCGGUGUACGUAGCGUCUGGAAAUUCGAGUAAGAAUUAUUCUCAUCGAUUACCCGUUGACGCUGAUCGAGAUCGGACCUCGAGUUGGAGUGAUUCGUUCGAUACUCGUUGGAUCGUUUUUAGAUGGAACCGCGGAAACGACUCACUGAAAUCGGACGAGACCACGAACGAUCACGCUAUUAUUAUCGUAUUACGAAAUUUUAUCAAUCGCACGACUCUCGUUCAUCGUUCGGGAGCGCUUGGUUUCAGUAAAUCGUUUCCACGCAGAUUUGUAUUUUUCCACUGGAUCGACGAUGGUUUUUCAACCUUGGAUCGCGCGUCGUUUGAGAUGUUCGCGCGAUCGUGUUUUAUUAUCGACGUGCACUAGAUUCGAACGAACUCGUCCGUACUACGCAUCCAACCGUAUUCUGCCGCGAAGGGUAUCGGAAUUAUAUAGAAUUUAAGCAGCAAUGAUUCUUAAAAUGAACACGUGAUUCGUUAGUUGAACAUAUCCCUCCCAACUGAAGCGAUCCCUUUUUAAAGGCAGUUCAGCGUGAAAUACGAUAUUGAAAAAACGAUACGAGCUGUCUAGUAAACCUAAUCCCAAACGUGAUUCGUAAGUUGAACAUUUCUAUCCCUCCCAACUGAGGGGAUUUCGAAGCCAGUUCAGCGUGAAAUACGAUACUUAAAAAACGACACGAGCUGAACGUAAGAUGAACGUGCCAAUCCGGGAGCGAUGUUCAUUUUAAGAAUCAUGAUUGUAUCAAGCGAAAGACGGAGCGCGCGUACGCGUUUGCGAUAGUACGAGACGAGUCUUUUCGAAGUCGAUGAUGCUCCAAGAGUCGAUGAUGAAGGAGAUGGGAGAAGGAAUACGCGCGUUGCUCCGAAAAAAUUCGAGCGGCGUUAAUCUGAGAGGCGUAAUGAAGUACGAUACCUGGAAGAGCGUUGAAUCGAGCUUAUUAUACAACUGAUACUGGCCUAAGUUAACGUAGAUGCUAAAAAAGACUUAAUCCAGUUAGUGUGCCAAAAAAACGAAUUUAUCAUUGUCCAUCGAUCAACGCUGCGCAAGAACUGACGUACUUCGUUAUUCGUUUUAUUAAGGGACGUAGAACUGAACAUGUUCGUGUUAAAUGGAAUGGGACAUUCGUUUAAAUUUGUAUUGCGAGCAUGUAUCAUAAAUUACGAGACACGGACAUCGUCCUCUUGCGAUUGAAAUUUGUCUAUUGACGUUGUUACAGUUGCUAAUGGAGAAUUGUAGUUUAUUUACCCAUUCCCCCUCCUUGAAAAAGAAAGGGGGGAGAACGAUUGCACGAAUUUAACUUGUUGUAUGGAAGAACCAGUGACGGUGUAUUUCAUGAUGUUGUUCAAUCUGUCGUUUUUUGCGAGAAAACUGUUAUUAUAAAGUAAGAGAAAAUCGACGAAGGAGUAAGUUGAAGGUCGUGAAAAAUUGUUAUUCGAACGAGGAUAAUUCUUUAAAGCUUCACUGCUAUAAUUACCUCGAAGAAAUCGUUAUAUUGUUUCGGGCUGCAUUGAUGGUACAAAAUUCGAGAGGCCAAUUUGUAUAGUUUUCACUGUUCAGGGUACUUUUGUAUAGGUCUUAAGCUCUUUAUACCUUUCGCGCGUUUUAUUCGCUUAAACCUUAAGCGAUUCUACUUUUUUACAAACUUCUACUUGCGGAGAUAUCGACCAUAUAAUUAACAUACAGCGUAUUUGACAAUAAUUAAUUAAUAUCGAUUGUUCAAGUAAUCCUGUACGAGACCAAGUAUCGUCAUACCGAUGAUGUCGACUGAUGCACCCCGUUCGCACCCGUUGAGUUUCCCAGUAAAAGAGUAAAAUCAUAGUGUAUCGUAACUUGGAUUUUUAUCGCGAUGUUUCGUUCCACUUAGGAUCGAGGACAUUGUGCAACUUCAAAGAUUUCUUUCCAGAAAUCUGUGUUGAUAUUACUUGUUUGUCUUCUUUUCAAUCUAUGAUCCUUCGCGAAGCAAGUGCCAAAAUCUUACAAUAAGAGGUUACAGCAGUGGUUCAUUGGCUCUAAAUAAUUGUUAAAAUAGAGUGAUACAUUUUUUAAUGUUUCUAUCAUUGUUAAUAUUUAGAAGGAUAUUCAGCCUUACAAGUUUAGACCUAAAGAUCGCCUUGAGUACUCGAUAUGAAUGAAUAGUAAUCGAUUUUAGCCACCCUUGGACUCACAAACUUAUUUGAAGUAAAAUAUAGUGUUAUAUUCUGAAUUUUAUGUUUAUGCCAUGUUAAACAAAUUUUUCGGUUUCUCCAGGUCAAACAAUUUCCUAUUUUCUUGUUUAAAUUUUUCUUUAUUUAUCUUUUCACAACCUUUCAAUAUGGACACCUAUAUAAAUUAUUUAAGGUAAUUUUAUCAUUUGAGUGUUUUCAAAUAAAGUUACUAUUUACUGCAUCAUCUAUCUAUCGUUUUAAAUUAAAUUGGUCCAACUCUGUUUGAGACUUUUGAUAAGUUUUGAUGAGUUGUCCUCACUAAUUUUUUAGCUUAAAAUUCAACACUCUAGCCGCUUUUCAGUUCUCUUGAGAUGUCACUUGAUUAUGAUUCGAGCACAAAUAACAAGGUCGAUAAUAUGAUGGUAAAGUAUAUGGAUUCAAAUUAAUAUGUAGUAAUUGUUUUGCUCAAGAAUGUAAUAAUUUAAACUUGUAAUUUGUAAGAGCCUUCUUUCAUUUCAUUACAAUUUUUCUUAUUUCAAACAUCAUUUACUUAAAAUUUAUUGCUUUUCUAAAUGUUUAACAUUGAAUAUUUUUCUAAAUAUUGCACGUGGCAUCUGAAAAAAAUCGAAAGAAAAUGGCUACCUGCUGUAAUCUCUUCUCAAUUAGAAUACCAUAGUAGCUUGUUACUUUGCGAUUUUUGUGAAGCGCUUGCCGGCGUUUGGUAUUUUAAAAUGAGAAACAGUAUUGUUCGAUACGAGGGGGGAAGUGAAAUUAUACAAACCCACUGUCUAAUUACAGGACACAGGAACAAUGGUAGAACAGAGAGUUCAACCAAAUUGCAUUAAUGGUCGAAUCGUUUUAUUAAAAGAACUGGCUAUGUCCCGCAUGCUUCAAGAUCGAAUUGUUAAUACUGAAUUGCAUAAUGUGCCCAGCUAGGUACCCAAUUAAAUAAAUCCUGUAUAGUUCGCUGAACAAAUUUUAUGGCAUGUGUGCGUUAAUUAUGUUUUCUUCUUAGAACACUUAAUAGCUCUGCAGGUUCACUUAUUGUUCGGUUGGUAUAUUAAUUAAAUCAUGAAUUUAUGAAUAGCCAAGAAACGUCUAUUUUAAAAUGAGAAAUAAAAUCCAUGAAAUAGAAAGAUAGUCUCGUGAAACAUAAUGUAUUAAUUUUAUACAUUACACAUAUUUUUUCGUCGAAAUAUGAAAAAUCAACACCGAGUUUUUGUUUUCGAUUGGCUCAUACUGAGAAACGAUCAACUCAUUCCCUCUUGGAACAGUUAUAGAGAAACUCUUUCUACGUCUGACAACAGUAGAACCUCCAUUAUACGAACCAUUAUUCAACUAUUCGAAUAUCAUCCAAGGAAACUAUGACCGAAUAUCUGUUUCCUUAUCGAAAUAUUUUUGACGGUGAAAAUUGAUUAUUGCAAAAAUGUAGAAAGAAUAAUAAUGGCAUUGAAGUGAUAUAAACUCAUAUAUUGCAUAUCUAUUAAAUAUAUAAAUUUAUAAUUUUAUGUAAUUUAUAGCGUUGAUUGAGAACCACCACUUUAUCACUUGAUUUAAUUUUAUUACUAUUAUCAAUUAUAGUUUUAAAUCUAUAGCACAAUCUUUAAACAAUUUGUUUCGUAUCAGUUUUAAAUCUGAGUGAAUUAAUUGUCAUCUUUUAAUUCAUAUUUGAUUAAUUGAAAAGAUCAAGAAUGUCCUCUUGGAUCGAAUGAUGGGAGUUCCACUGUUAUAUUCAACGUCCAAAACUAGCGAAAUUUUCGGUUAUACACGGGACUUAUAUUUCGUUCAUCGGUUUGAUUUCCGUUAUCGUACGAAUCGCAUAACUUGGCGCGCGCAGUUGACUUCACGUUUGCCUGACAGGAGAAACAAGAAUACUCGCGAACAAACAGUUGUAUGCGACGACGUACUCUGCCUUCGACAUUUGUCUUUCACAAAUAAAUGUCAGUUUACUCGUAACACGUGUAAUCAUAUCGUUAAUAUGUUGUACGGUGCGUGUGCGAAGAAGAGAUCGAAUCGUGUGAGAUGUAUUGCAUGGAGCAACAAAGAUUACCCCCGAGUGACGCGUAUGAUCCAAAAGAAAUUUGUCUAUUCAAAUUUUUCAUCAUAAUGAUACCUCGUGGUAAUAAUGAUUGAUCGUUCGAUAUGAAAUUGUUACAAAAAAUAUUCCAAUCGUUAAAUUUCGAUUCCAUCCAGGGGCAGUCUCUCCAUCUGUACGAUGCGAGCGCGCGAUUAUGCGUUUCGCGCCGGAAAACGCAUAAUUGCCCGAUGGGCAGCGCGGCGAGAAAGUGAUCCGGCGAAUUGAGCGAAAUUUUCACUUCGGUUGUCUCUGUGUUUACCUAGCGAAUAGGAACUUGAAACCCUCGUCCCGGGGCCCCGCAAUUUUUCGUCGACGAACGGCCGGGAAACGAACGUGGAUAAACA